ACUGCCACUAUCGACUUGCGAAAUUUUUCCACGCGAGUGGGAUGGGCAAAGUAAUCGAUGAGACGCUUCAUUUCAACCGAUCGCACAAGCCUAUACGCUUUCAACCAGGUGCAGAGGUGGUUGCGAAUAUGUGGGAAACUCUUUACAGAUAUUUCCCCGAGGUGCGUAAGGUUAUACGGAGCUCAGCAAUCGAUGAGAUCCAGAAUGGUCUCACGCUUCAAGGUACUAUGCACUAUGCAUUUGGACAUUUCCAAUGUACCUUUGAGCCAGUUGUCACUUUUGUUGAUCCAACCGAGCCUGAGUGGGGAUCUAAGCUCCCAAGCCGCAUAUUAUUAGACUGCCAUUAUCGGCUUACAAAACUCUUCGACGCAAGUGGGAUAGGUGAAGCGAUUGAUAAAUCACUUGACUCCUUAAAAGAGCUAAAGACCGGUUCAGUCUUAGACCGUGCCACCACUGAUGUAGGAUCUCUGAUACGAUUCUCGGUCUGGGAAUCUAACACAACUUAA